ACCCUUUCUUCUUCUUCCUCUUCUUCUUCUCUCCAUAAAAUUUGAAGCCUUUUUUUGUUGCAGUGGUUUUCUUUCGCAUUCUCUUCUGCCUCCGUCGCCGUCGAGUCUCCCGGAAAACUCAAGACAAAUUAAGGCUUCAGCUCCAUGAAUUGUUCAAUUUCCGGUGAAGUUCCGGAGGAGCCGGUUGUUUCUAAGAAAUCUGGGUUGCUUUAUGAGAAACGACUGAUUGAAAGACACAUUUCUGAUUAUGGAAAAUGUCCUAUUACUGGUGAGCCUAUGUCUAAGGAGGACAUAGUUCCAGUUAAAACUGGCAAGAUUGUGAAGCCAAGACCAUUGCAAGCUGCUAGUAUACCUGGAAUGCUUGGAAUGUUUCAGAUAGAAUGGGAUAGCUUAAUGCUCUCCAAUUUUGCAUUGGAACAACAGCUUCAUACAGCUAGGCAAGAACUAAGUCAUGCUUUAUACCAGCAUGAUGCUGCUUGCAGAGUUAUUGCAAGACUUAAGAAAGAAAGAGACGAAGCAAGGGAGUUAUUGUCACAGGAAGAAAGGAGAAUGCCAAUGUCAGAAUCAGCUGCAGCUACUGUUAAUGCUCCUGCUUUAACCAAUGGGAAACGAGCCCCAGGAGAUGAGGAUAUGGGCCCUGCUGGAAAGAAAAUACGAGCUGGAAUUUCAUCUGCUAUUAUAGGAGAGCUUACUGAUUGUAAUUCAGCACUUUCUCAGCAGCGCAAAAAGCGACAGAUUCCUUCUACAUUGGCUACUGUUGAUUCUAUAGAGAGAUACACACAGCUCUUUAGUCAUCCACUCCACAAGACCAGCAAACCUGGCAUUCUAGCUCUUGAUAUUCUUGACUCAAAGGAUAUUAUUGCAACAGCAGGCAUAGAUUCAAAUGCAGUAAUCUUUGAUCGUCCAUCUGGGACGAUCUUGUCAACACUUAGCGGUCACUCGAAGAAGGUUACAAGUGUUAAAUUUGUGGCUCAAGCUGAUGUAGUUGUCACUGGUUCAGCAGAUAAGACUGUUCGUGUGUGGCAAGAAUCUGAAGGUGGAAGCUAUGAAUGUAGGCAUGUCUUGAAGGAUCAUACUGCAGAGGUUCAAGCAGUCACUAUUCAUGCCACAAAUAAAUUCUUUGUGACAGCCUCUCUUGAUAAUACAUGGUGUUUCUAUGAUCUUUCUUCCGGUAUAUGCCUUACACAGGUUGAAAGUCCUGGAUCUGGAGGUUACACAUCUGCAUCUUUUCAUCCCGAUGGUCUUAUUCUGGGAACUGGUACCUCAGAUUCAAGUGUCAAGAUUUGGGAUGUAAAAUCUCAGACAGUUGCUGCCACUUUUGAUGGACAUUCUGGAGCCAUUAACGCUAUAUCGUUCUCUGAGAAUGGUUACUUCUUAGCGACAGCUGCCCUGGAUGGAGUGAAACUAUGGGAUUUGCGGAAAUUAAGGAACUUUCGAACAUUUGCACCCUAUGAGGACAACACACCAACACAGUCAGUGAAUUUUGACAAUAGUGGAAGCUAUCUUGCAGUUGCUGGAGCAGACGUUAGGGUUUAUCAAGUUGCCAAUGUGAAAUCAGAGUGGAAUUGCAUCAAAACAUUCCCUGAUUUGUCUGGGACAGGUAAAGCAACUUCGGUUAAGUUUGGGCCUGAUGGAAAAUACCUAGCAGUUGGAUCAAUGGACCGGAAUCUUCGCAUUUUUGGCUUGCCAGGGGGAGAAGAUGACGGCCCAUCAGAGAACUAAAAUUUUCCCAGAUUCGAGUGAUUGAUAUAGAUUCCAAUAUUUAAGAAAAACGGCUAGUUUCUUCUCUUCUCCACAGGUUGUUAGCUCUCAGACAGAUUAUGGUGGGUGGUGAAUGAGAAUAAAAAGAGGAAGUUGCAGAAAAGUCUGUCUUCAUUAGCCGAUUGUCUGUCUGUUUGUCUGUCAAAACAUUUUCUUCCUUGUGUAGUAGAGGCAGUUCCAUGUGAUGAUAUUGAGAUGUUAGGUCUUUCUUUUGUUGGAGUUUUUGUCCUGAAAUUCUAACUGUGUCAUGGAGUAGGAUUUGGUUUAAUUUAAUUUAAUUUAAAUGUGGACUAGAAUUGUGCUUGAAAUGAACCUGAACAUCAUUUGAUUUCAAAGUAGUAAAAGUGUACUA